CGCGCACUUGCAGCUGAUGUAACAUGAAAAAAGCCACAAUGACCACAAUGAAGUGAAGGUUUCUAAAAAGAGAGAGGGGAGAGGAGAGCAGUCUCUUCCUGUGUUCUGAACAAGAUCGUGUGCAUCCACAUUUCGUGAUUUGCAUCCUUCAAACCUCCAUCAUGUCGCUGUUGACUCACGUUUUGGCAUGUCUGUUUGGGAUGGGCUCUUGGGUGGCCAUCAACGGGAUGUGGGUGGAACUCCCCCUGAUCGUAUCUGGGAUCCCAGAGGGCUGGUACCUCCCCUCCUACCUCACAGUCCUCAUCCAGAUGGCCAACAUAGGUCCCCUCUUCAUCACCCUGAUGCACCACUUCCGCCCAGGGAAACUGGACGAGCGGCCGGUCAUCUACUCCAUUGUUGUGUUGGGGAUCAUCGCUACAUUCCUGCUGGCUUUCUUCUGGAAGCACACGGUGACAGUAGGAGGCUCACUGCAUAGUGUGCCACUGCUGGUGUUAAGCUUCCUGCUUUCAGUGGUAGACUGCACCUCCUCUGUCACCUUCCUGCCUUUCAUGAUGCGACUGCGUCCCCAGUACCUCACUACAUACUUUGCAGGUGAAGGACUCAGUGGUCUGGUGCCUGCACUGGUGGCUCUGAUUCAAGGUGUUGGUGUAGUACACUGUCAGAAUGCCACUUUGUCUGAUCCAUUAAAUAAAACACUUGAGAAUCCCAAUAUGGCUGGCGGUGCAGAGCUAGUAGCUGUCUACCAGCCAGCUAAAUUCUCUGCCCAGGUCUUCUUCCUGUUCCUCAGUGCUAUGAUGGUUGUGUGUCUGGUAGCAUUCAUCCUACUCAACUGUCACCCAGCUGUGGCUCGGGAGAGAAAAAAUGACCGGUAUUUCAAUGGUGAUAUGGCUUCGGAGAAGAGAGAGCAAGGUGUGUCUCUGCAUGCCCAUACACCAGAGCAGAAGCCUAUGAUCAGUCCCUUGGACAGGAGUGAACCUCGCAGCUCUUUUGGCACAGGGACAUUCAGCUACCUCGAGGUGGUGUUCAUCUUUGUUGUGUUGGCGUGGGUGAAUGCUCUGACCAAUGCAGUGCUGCCAUCAGUGCAGUCUUACUCCUGUCUGCCUUAUGGGAAUCAGGCCUACCACCUAGCUGCCACUAUGGGAGCCGUCGCCAACCCAGUGGCUUGCUUAAUCGCAAUGUUUAUACCAAUAAGGUCUCUCAUCUUCAUGGGUUUCUUGACCAUGGUUGGGACUGGAUUUGGAGCCUACAUCAUGGCCAUGGCUGCUAUGAGUCCCUGUCCCCUGCUGGUCCACAGCCCUACUGGAACCAUCAUCAUAGUGCUGACUUGGAUCCUGUUUGUCCUGUCCUUGUCCUAUGUGAAGGUCAUCAUUGGAGUGAUUCUGAGAGAUGAGGGCCGUAGUGCCCUUGUGUGGUGUGGAGCAGUAGUGCAGUUGGGCUCCAUGCUUGGUGCUCUAUCCAUGUUCCCAUUGGUCAGUGUCUAUGGACUUUUCAAGUCAGGUGAUGCUUGUAACACCAAGUGUCCAAUGUAGUGAGUAGAUAUAUUUGAGUGAAAAACACUGCUGUACUGAAACAUGAAUUGCACUUAUAUUUCUAGCACUGAACCUACUGCAGUCAUGAGCUUUACAUAUUCCAAAUGUUACAGAUAGAUCAUAGGUGUUUAUCUCCCAAAUGUAUACUACUUUGUAAUGUAUGCUUCUUUUAUGUUUCAUUGUUUCAUUAGUAUUAUUAUGUCUC